AUGGACUUGCUCGUGGUUGGCACCAGCAAUGGACUAGUAUGUUGCGUCGACGGUUCCAUAGUAUUUGACCCCACUAUCAUAAUCAUGAACCCGUCUAUUCGAAGAUAUAAUGUGCUUCCGAAACCCAAUAAUGUCACUUCAACUAGGCUUAAACCGCGUUUCAUGGAGAAAAAUAGUUUGCUAGGGUUUGGGUUUGACCCCAAGAACAAUGAUUUUAAGGUUGUCGAACUUGUUUACAAGGCACAAGCUUAUCCUGAUCCACAAGUUGGUAUCUUCUCUCUUGCUUCCAAUGAAUGGAGAAACAUAUCGCACGAUAAAGCUCUUUCUCUCAUUGUUUUCCAUUUUCAUCCAUGGAAUGGGAUUUAG